UAUAACAGAUUCCAAUCUCUCUACACAGGCUCAGGAUUCUUCUAUCGUUUCUGCGAUUUUUGAGCUAAUGAUUUUCUCACUGCACUACUCGUCUCAACUCAUUUUCCUAGGGUUGCUAAUCACAGAAAUAGCAGCAGCAGCAGCGGCAAAGCCAACAAUAUCGAAGCCUGGUUGUCAAUCCCGAUGCGGGAAUGUGGAAAUUCCAUACCCUUUUGGCAUGGGAGCCAGAUCUUGUUAUUUAGACGACUGGUUCAAGAUUGAUUGCUGCACAAACGCAACCAGCAACUCUACUAGAGCUUUCCUCGUCAAAAUCAACAUGGAGGUGCUGAAUCUUUACUAUAAGAACGCCACCUUACGUGUUAGCAGUCCAAUAAUUUCCUCCAAUUGUCCUGGACGGAAAACCGGCCGAGCGGUGAUUUUGACCCGAAGUCCUUUCAGCUUCUCCGAUGAGAAGAAUUCAUACUUCGCAUUAGGUUGCAACAGCCGUUUUUUACUCACAUCUACUGAGCCAGACCUUGUAGGACGAUACAAGAAUCCUUGCCGUGGAAAGGACUGCUACCAGGUUAUGACACGAGGGCCACUUCAGGAAUUUAAUGUGAGUUUUGUAGAUGAUAAUCACGCGGGUGAAAAGGGCAAAGAGAGAUGCAAGCGAGGGUUUAUGGUUGAAAAUGAAUGGAUUUGGUCCAGGGAAGAAGAAGAUCCUUAUGAAAUGGUACGAGACAGGGACUAUGUUCCAGUUAUUCUCAAGUGGAAUAUUGAGAUGAGAAAAAUGAGCUUGUUAAACAAAGAUGGAGAAAGGACCAAGGCCAUAAUUGAUGGUGGUGGGACUUCGUUUCGCCUGGUCUGCAAGCAUGGCUACGCAGGGAAUCCUUAUCUUCGGGAUGGAUGCCAAGACAUUGAUGAAUGCCAAGACCCAAAAGUAAGGAAAGGUUGCCGUGGGACAUGCUUGAAUACGCCGGGCUCACACAAAUGUCAAGACCGUAAACAUUGGAUUAUCAUUUUAGUGAUCAGUGUCGUCUUUGGAGUACUGCUUCUGGUUAUUUGGAUAUGGUGGCUGAAAAAAUGCAUGAAAAGAAGAAACAAAAAGAAAUUCUUCAAAAGGAAUGGAGGAUUACUAUUACAUCAAGAACUUUGUUCAAGUCAAGGCAAUGUCGAGAAGGGAGAAAUCUUCAGUUUAAAGGAGUUGGAGAAGGCAACAGAUCAGUUUAACAUCAACAGAAUAUUAGGUCAGGGUGGUCAAGGUACUGUUUAUAAAGGAAUGCUUGUGGAUGGAAGAAUCGUAGCAGUUAAAAAAUCCAAGAUAAUAGACGAAGCACAACUUGAUGAAUUCAUCAAUGAAGUUGUAAUUCUUUCUCAGAUUAAUCACAGAAACGUAGUAAAGCUUCUUGGGUGUUGCUUGGAAACUGAGGUUCCUCUUCUUGUCUAUGAAUUCAUCCCCAAUGGAACUCUACAUCACUACCUCCAUGAACAAAACGUGGAGUUUCAGCUGUCAUGGAAGAUGCGUCUACGAAUCGCAGUAGAAGUUUCAGGGGCUCUUUCUUACUUGCACUCAGCAGCUUCUAUACCAAUUUAUCAUCGAGAUAUCAAGUCCACAAACAUUCUCUUGGAUGAAAAGUACAGAGCUAAAGUAUCAGAUUUCGGAACUUCAAGAUCCAUAGCUUUUGACCAAACUCAUGUAACUACGAAUGUUCAUGGAACCUUUGGAUACUUAGAUCCAGAAUAUUUUCAGUCAAGUCAGUUUACAGAAAAGAGUGAUGUUUAUAGUUUUGGCGUAGUUCUUGUCGAGCUUUUGACGGGAAAAAAACCAAUUUCUGAGACAAAGUCAGGAGGAGGAAUUGGGUUAGCUGCACAUUUCAUUUUUUCGAUGGAGAAAGAUCAAUUGUUUAACAUAAUUGAUCCUCGGAUUACGAUAGCCGAUGAUAAUGUUAAAGAAGAGAUUAUGAUAGUUGCUAAUCUUGCAAAAAGAUGCUUGAACUUGAAUGGGAAGAAACGGCCAACAAUGAAAGAAGUGACGUUAGAGUUAGAGGGGAUUCGAAUUUUUCAGAAGAGUUUUAAUGUUCAACAAAAUAGUACAGAAAGAAUUUCAAUUCAAUCCAGUAGCUCCAGUAGUAGUUUUGGUGUUUUUUCCAUAGACAUGGAAACGGAGGAGUUGGUUUGUAACCAAACUUGGUGAGAUUAAGAAUGGAUUGCAUUUC